AAUAAGCGUGUAUUGGAACGAAAUUUGUUUUUUUAAUCCUUCCAAAACCAAAAUGGCGCUCAACCUAUCUGUCAAGAUCCAUCCCGUUGUUUUAUUUCAAAUUGUAGACGCCUAUGAACGUCGAAAUGCCGAUUCACAUCGUGUUAUCGGCACUCUACUCGGGACCGCUGACAAGGGUGUCGUGGAGGUAACCAACUGCUUCUGUGUGCCGCACAAGGAACAUGCGGACCAGGUGGAGGCCGAGCUCAACUACGCCAUGGACGUAUACGAGCUCAAUCGCCGAGUUAACGCCACCGAAAACAUCAUCGGUUGGUGGGCAACCGGCAACGAGGUGACCAACCACUCCUCGGUGAUCCACGAGUACUACUCUCGGGAGUGCCGGGAGCCAGUUCACGUUACACUGGACACCUCCCUGCAAGGAGGUCGCAUGGGUCUCCGUGCGUAUGUGUGUGUGGCACUCGGAGUGCCCGGAGGCAAGCAGGGCUGCAUGUUCACGCCUAUUGAUGUGUCGCUCACCAGUUAUGAGCCCGAGAUCGUAGGUCUGCAACUGUGUCAGAAGACGAUGGCCCCCAAUGGGCGCUCGAGGCAGGUGCAGCCUAUGCAGGACCUGGCCCAGGUGUCGGAGGCCGCCGCCAAGCUGUCCACUCUCAUAGAGCAGGUGCUACAAUAUGUAGAAGAUGUGCUAGCAGAGAAGACGGUCCCGAACAACGCAGUCGGUAGACAGCUGCUGGAGCUGGUGAACUCCGUGCCCAACCUCGCUGCAGACUCCUUCACCGAUGCCUUCGCUAGCAGCAUCAAGGACUUACUUAUGGUGGUAACCCUGGCCCAACUGAUCAAGACUCAACUUCAGCUGAACGAGAAACUUACUCUGUUGACGGGAACACAGUAACAGGAAUAACGGAGGUUGCGUCACAAACUAUCAUUUGUAUUAUUAUUAUUAUUGAAGAACACCAGUAACACACUACAAGGCCGGCUAUAGGAUACAAAUAAAUAAGUGUACUUAUUACAUUCCUUGUAAUAAACACUAUUUUUGAUCCCA